AUGUCAGAACCUAAAACUUUCACUUAUAAGGAAAUUGCUGAGCAUAACACUGCUGAUGAUUUAUGGAUUAUAAUUAAUGAUAAGGUCUAUAACUGUACCAAAUUUAUUGACGAACAUCCAGGUGGUGACGAAGUCAUUAUAGAUUUGGCCGCUAAAGAUGCCACCAAGGAUUUCGCUGAUAUUGGUCAUUCCGAUGAUGCUAUUAAGUUUUUGAAAAAAUUAUAUGUUGGUGAUGUAGAUAUUACAAGUGAAAAAGUAGAAACUGAAGUUAAAGCCGGUACUGAGACUGAUAAUCAAAUCACUAAGGGUAAUGGUAGAUUGGCUUUGGCCAUCUUUAUUGUUGUUGUUUCUAUCGUUGGGUAUUUAUUACACAAGAGUUGA